AUGACAUUGGCAACUCCCAAUCACAUCGUCCGUCCCGCAAAGGACCUCGACGAAGUCCAAGACCUAUACUGGCCUCUAAUGCAAGAGCUCGGCUGGAACCGCGCAAAAGAAGACUGCAAAACCCACUACACCGUCUCCAAGUCCUGGCUCCUAAUUUUCCCCGAAUCAUGCAAACCACCCCAAGGAAUGCUGCUUCCACUCAUCUACCCCAACAAAACUGCCUGGGUCGCUUUCUUCAUCAUGAACGCCGCCUAUCGUGGAAAGGGAUUAGGAGCUGCUUUAUGGCGAGAAAUGGAAACACUCGUAUCAGCUGCUCAAUGCUCGUUCAUCGGUCUCGACGCUGUACCUGAGCAAGUCCAGACAUAUACGCGCCGUGGCUUCGUCGACUGUGCCAGAGUCCCGUUGAUGAGUCUCGACCGCAGAGCUUAUUGGGCUGCAGACGUACUUCCCGCUCGCCGUGACGCGUUUGGCUACACCAUCGUCGAAGACGGGGAACUCACAGGCUUGAUCUACGCACGCCGGUGUCCGGAUGGAGUCAGGAUCGGGCCGUUGUACGCGGCAACGUAUGUGCAGGCACGACAGCUGCUGCAUAAAUUGAUGAAUGACUACGCGAGAAUGGAAGGCACUUUCGCUGCUGAAAUAUUUGGAACGAAUGUAGAAGGCAGGAAAUUGUUUGAAGAAUUGGGUUGGGAGUAUGCGGGUGUGAGUUAUCAUCGCAUGUGGAAGGAUGGUAAUGUGCCAGAGGAGCAGAAGGAGGGAAGCAUGGGAGCGACGGGGAUGUAUGCGACUUUUGAUGCUGCUUCAGGGUAA